AUGGAUUCUGAUUUGGAGUACAUAUACGAGCAGUAUGUUGAGUCGCCGGUUGGCUUGUCAGACGAGGAGGAGUACUCCGAUGAGACGAUGAUGAUGCAGGCGGUCAUUGGAGACGCGCGAAGGAGCAUGUUCUCAGUUUCAAGGGCUCUAUCAAGGGUCAUGAGUGCUCAACCACAACAGGGAAACGAGCAGAGGCAAUAUUUACGGUUGCGGAUCUCGCGCGAGAAAAAACCCUGCCAGCGGCUAGGGUUUCGCCCGAGCCGCCCUACACGAGAGCGACGCUGCCGUUCCGAACCUGGUUUCCUCGUCGUCGUGCCGUCGUUAGCUCUGUCGUCCGUCCGUUGGCUCUGCGCUCGUCAGUCCACCGCUACCUCGUCCGCCUCUUCAACAGAACCGACGGCUCCGAGAAAGGACAAGAAAUCGCCUAGAUCGACCGCCGUCGACCGCAUCGGCGACCUCCCGGACGAGAUCAUCCACCACCUCCUCUCCUUUCUGCCCGCGCAGGAGGCCGUGCGCACGUCCGUGCUCGCCCGGCGCUGGCGCCACCUCUGGAAGUCGGCGACCGGCCUGCGCAUCGUCGGCAUUGAGGGCGUGGAUACCGUCCAGGAGCUCCGGAAGUUCGUGGACCAUCUGCUGAUCCUGCGUGGGCACGCGGAGCUACAUUUGAGAUCGAGAUCUCGGAGUUCUCGCAAGAGGACGUGCCCUACGUGAACCUCUGGACCCGUUUCGCCAUCCUGUGCAAAGUUCGUUCGCUCACAGUUCAUUUCUGUGACAAUUUAUUUCUCAACCUAUAUGAGCCGCCUCUUGUCUCACGGCAUCUGAGGGAACUAGACCUUGAGGGCGUGCGCCUGCAAGGGGCCUUUCUUGAUUUUACUUCCUGCCCGGCAUUGGAGGAUCUGAAGAUGAAGCAGUCCCACAUUGAUCUUGAGAAGAUAGUGUCCCGGUCUCUGAAACGUUUGAGCAUCAUUGGUUGCAGCUCCGAUAUGUAUUACCGGAUCAGUAUCUCUACCCCUUGCCUCAUCUCGUUUACACUGGAUGGCUUUCAGGACAAAACCCCUUUGCUUGAAAGCACGCCAUUGUUAGAGACUGCAUUUGUGAGGCUUGGGUGUGACUACAAAGAUACCUGUCAUAAUUAUGAGGAUGGGCUUUUUUGUGGUGCUAAUGAUGCUAGCUGUCGGAAUUGUCUUGCUUACAAUGACGGAAUGAGCAAGACUGUGCUUCUUGGAGCUCU